UCAUGAUUCACCCAUCGAGACAGGCCUACGUGGAGGCGGAGGAGGUGAGCCGACUUCCCCCCCGUCGCACCCGAUAUAUCCAGGGCAAAAUAUCCCCCGAUGGCUCAUCGACUGCUCUCCAGGGGUUUUUUUCUUGUGCGACACAUGCGCUGACCCCAAACUCUUAGGACACGGACACGGGCAUUGAUCUGGCAAGUCUGCCCAUGGAUCGCGACUACGAACUCCCCUCCGGCACGGCGGGCAUCCCACCGGAGAGAGCCUCUGCCAUCCUGUCUCAGUUCGAACGAAAGCGAAAAGCCGCCGCGAUGGCGGUGCCCACUGAUGAUACCCGGGUGCGCACGCGGCUACGAGAGCUGGGUGAACCCAUCACACUCUUUGGCGAGGGCCCCGUGGACCGGAGAGACCGCUUGCGGGAGCUGUUGACGGAUCUUGCAGAGAGACAAGAAGCAGCAGCAGCGGAGGGGGAUGUGGACAUGCUCGGGGCCGCUGACGAGGAGGAUGAAGAAGACUUGGAGCAGCAGGAGGAAUUCUACACUGAGGGUACCGAAGAACUCUUGCAGGCCAGAAGAGACAUUGCGCGCUUUUCUCUACCGCGCGCAAAGGCGCGCGUUGCCCGACAGAAAGACGAAUCCACAAUACCCCUACGGACGCACAUCAAACAUCGCAAGGCGAUCAAGGAGAAGCUGCACAACUUCGAUCUCUAUGGGUCCCAAAUCGCGGGUGACCGCCCGGUCAGUAUUUGCCGCUUUUCUCCCGACGGACAAAUUGUCGCGAGUGGAAGCUGGGACGGUGGAAUGCGCUUGCUUACGGUACCAAACCUGGAGGAGAAACUCUCGGUCAAGGCGCAUUCAGAUCGAGUCGGUGGACUGGCAUGGUUUCCGGGGGCCACGCUGCCUACAUCGAACGUCUCGGAAUCAACGGUGAACUUGGUCACCGGAGGUGGGGAGGGAAAUCUUCGCCUGUGGUCCUUGGACAAGGAUCAACCGCUAGCCACACUGUCCGGCCACAGCGGUCGUGUAUGUCGGACGGAGUUCCAUCCGUCAGGGCGGUAUGUUGCCUCGGCGUCGUAUGAUACCACCUGGCGGCUAUGGGACGUCGAGACGACGGCCGAACUGCAACUGCAGGAGGGCCACUCCCGGGAGGUGUACGCGGUGUCGUUCAACAACGAUGGCUCGCUCCUGGCGAGCGGUGGGUUGGACAGUAUCGGACGCAUUUGGGAUCUCCGGACGGGCCGCACGGUCAUGAUCCUCGAGGGGCACAUCCGGGAGAUCUUUGGGCUGGACUGGGGCGUCGAUGGGUACCGGGUACUGUCCGGGUCUGGCGACGGAUGGGUUAAGUGCUGGGAUCUGCGUCAAGUGCGGAACAGCGGUGGGAUCGGAGCACACAAGAGUGUUGUGUCUGACCUGCGCUGGUACAAGGGCUCGGAGGAGGCAUCUCUGCUUCCCUCGGCAGAAGGGCCCGGCGGUCGGAUGGACGUUGACGGGCCCGCGAGCGAUGCGCCGGCUCCCGUGCAGCCCAGGAAGUCAGGCACCUUCUUCGUGAGCAGUGGAUUUGACAAGAACGUCAACAUCUUCAGCGCGGAUGACUGGUCGUUGGUGAAAUCCCUGAGCGGGCAUGCAGGCAAUGUCCUCAGCACCGAUGUCAGCGCGGAUGCGCAGUGGAUUGCAAGCUGUGGACAUGAUCGCACGGUGAAGCUGUGGGGGAUCGAGUGAGAUGUAAUAUUAUACUAGCAAU